AUGUCCUCUCCCUCUAACUAUGGAGGCAAAUUCAACAUUGGAGCAGGGAGUGGAGGACCAUAAUCUGGACUUAGUCCUGAAUAGAAGAAGAGAAUGGAAAGAGAAGCUAGGCAUUAAAGGGAAAGAGAAGAGACUAUGAAGUUAGGAGAUUAUAAUCCUUUUGGAAGAGGAGGAGCUGGUGCACCUCUGAGAGAUGCCUAAGGAAACAUUAUAACUACCAGAAAAGUAGGAUUCGCAAUUGAUGCUAAUAAUAUUGCGAAGGAUCCAGAGUAAACUAGGAAAACAUAUGAGUAGGAAUUGCGAGAGCAGAUUAAAAUGAAGAAUGAAAAAGUAUAAUAAGCAAAAAGAGCUGAGAGGAUGUAAGAUGAAAUGGAAGAGAGAAGAGUCAAGGAGGAACUGGAUAUGCUUAAUCAAAGAGAUAGGUAGUCUAUACUAAAGGAAAAAGGCGGAGUUGCAGCUCAGACCUCUGCACUCUCAAGAGAUUAUAGCAUGCCAAAACUGAUGAAUAAUUUAGAAACAAAAUCUGUUUUGUCUGUGUAGUUCAAUGAUCCAGGAAAAUAAUCGAUAUCACCGCCUUCAUAUGAGCCAUAGAGGUAGAGACCAGCAAGUGAAUUCCAAAUGGAUGGAAAUAGGGGAAUGAUACAUUCAAGAAGUGAAGUCAACGUUGGUCUUGGCUAUAAAGGCACAUAUUCUUAUGAUAUACAGAGAUAAGGUUAUGACCCUAGAGAUGUUUAGCAAUUACUGAACCUGAGAACUGAAGCAUCUAAGAUAAAAAGCGAUACCAGAUAAACUGAAUAAGAUCUGCAAAGGAUAUAGGACCAUAUAACGAACAAAAAUGAUUGGCAUUCUUAUUACGAGCAGGAACUCUCAAGAGCUCUUAAUAUGCCAAUAUUUAAGAAAAAUUAGUAAGGUACAAAUUAAAGCCAGCAAUAUUUAUUCCCUCAAAUGAAUAAUUAAAAUGAUGAUAACUUACAAAAGAACAAAUGGGUUAGUCUGCUGUAGAAUAAGUCAAGCGUACUUAAUAGAUAGGUCAGUUCAAGGGAAUACCCUCAAAGCAAGGGACAUGCUUUGAGAUCUGCUGCUGUCUCCUUAUUUGAUGGAAAGCCGCCUAUGAAAUUUAUGUAAGGUGCAGGAAGUUGGGAUAUCAUGGCUGGUGGAAUUAAUGACAAUAAUCUUAUUACCGAGAGUAAAAUAGUCCCUAUAGACUAAUACUCAAGUGUAUACAAUCCGUAAUUCAACAAAGUAGAGGAUGAAUCAGCUAACCUAGAUUAAGGAGUUGGUUCUAAAUUCAUUGAAAAUGAUAGAGAGUAUUAUGAUCAAGCUGAUUAGGCAAUAAGAGAAAUUCAGGAGCUAAACAAGCUUUCUGAAAUGACUCAUAAAAAAGAAGAAGUAACUCAAAUGAAAAGGUAUGCCUCUCAAGCCUAGCUAAAUCAGAAACUUAAAACGAUGGACAUUGUAAACUACAAGCCACCUAAGAUAGCAUCAUAUAAAGGAAUAUAAAACAGACUGAAAAAGGAUAAAGAGGGAUUGAAUAGCGUGACUUUAGUCAAGGAUUUACUCCAGCAACCGCUAAUGAACAGACAUGGAAAAGAACAUGAUCCUAAUGCUCUUGACUAAAUUAUGGAUAAAAAUGAAAUGAUAAGGAUGGAAAAUUACCUGAAAUAGAAACAAAGUUAAAGGGAAGCUGAUUAUAAACUAUCUUCUCAACAAUAAUCGCAACUUAAUUCUAAAAGAUCAGGAUAACCAAUGUAAAUUUACAAAACAGAUAACAAUAUGCAUAAGACCUAAGUGGAGUUAAACAUGAUAUUAGAUAAAGUUGCAGACGAUGAAGAUGAGUAUUGGGGUAGAGAAAUCAAUGGGUAAAUUCCUAGUGAGCAGCCAACAGAUAGAUAAGGAGGAGGAUUUAUUACAAAUAUGUAUGAGCAAAGUCUUAAGAACUUUAGCGAAUUGGUACCACCUAUAGAGUAAUCUAAAUUAGACUUUGAUGAUUAAUGA